ACGGGGCUGGCAGCGGGCUGAGACUACCCCGGCAUGGAGGCUCAGAAGGAGCUGGGUCAUAGCUGUCCCGAGAGCGAAAUGCAUCAGGAAGAAGAGAUAAAAGAGGAGGAGGAGGAAGCAGAGAAGGAGGAAGCCGGGAAAGAGGUGGAGGUGAAGCAGGAGGAGGAUCAGGAGGAAGAGGCGGAGGAAGAGAAAGAGCAGCAGCGGGAAGGUGAAGGUAAAGCUGCCGCGGGCCCCUCUGUGCCAGCCGAGCGGUGCCCCGAGUGCGGGCAGAGCCUCCCGCCCGGCUGGCAGCCGGGGAAGCAGCAGUGCCCCCAGCCUGGCACCCAGCGCUUCAUCUGCACCCACUGCGGCCAGAGGCGCUCCGGCAUCCUGCGACGGCAGCGGGGAGGUACCCAGCCGGGCCCCAGGCUGCGGUUGAUCUGCGGUGAGUGUGGCAAGAGCUUUGCCAGCAGCUCUACUCUCAGCCGGCACCGGCAAAUGCAUGCUGGGAAGAAGUUCCCUUGUGUUGACUGCGGCAGGAGUUUCACCACCAGCUCCGCUCUAAUCCAGCACUGGCACGUCCACACAGGGGAGAAUCCAUACAGCUGCAGGGAGUGUGGCAAGAGCUUUGCCACCAGUUCCCACCUUAGCAGUCACCACUGCAUCCACGCUGGAGAGAAGCUCUACAGCUGCGGUGACUGUGGCAAGAGGUUUGCCAGCAGCUCUGAUCUCAGACGUCACAGUCGGAUCCACACAGGGGAGAAGCCAUACAGCUGUGGUGUCUGUGGCAAGAGCUUUGCCAACAGCUCUGGUCUCAGCAGGCACCAGCAAACGCAUGCUGAGACAAAACAGUUCCCCUGCCGUGACUGUGGGAAGAGCUUCACCAACAGUACUGCUCUGAUCGAGCACUGGCACGUGCACACUGGGGAGAAGCCAUACAGCUGUGAUCACUGUGGCAAGAGCUUUGCCAGCAGCUCUACUCUCAGCCAGCACCACCAAAUCCAUGCUGGGAAGAAGUUCCCCUGUGGUGACUGCGGCAAAAGCUUUAUCAGCAGAUCCGCUCUGAGUUGUCACCGCAACAUUCACACUGGGGAGAAGCCUUACAGCUGCGGUGAGUGUGGCAAGAGCUUCGCCAGCAGCUCUGCUCUCAGAGUGCAUCGCCGAAACCAUGCUGGGGAGAAGUUCCCCUGUAGUGAGUGCGGCAAGAGCUACGCCAGCAGCUCUGCUCUCAACCUGCACCGCCAAAACCAUGCUGGAAACAAGUUCCCCUGUAGUGAGUGUGGCAAGAGCUUCGCCAUCGGUUCCCGUCUGGUCCGUCACCGCCUCAUCCACACUGGUGAGAAGCCGUACAGCUGCAACGACUGCGGCAAGAGCUUUGCCAGCAGCUUCUCUCUCAGUUACCACCGUCUCUUGCACACCGGGGAGAAGCCGUACAGCUGUUCUGACUGCGGCAAGAGCUUUGUCCACAGCUCUGCUCUCAUCCGUCACCGUCGCCUCCACACCGGGGUGAAGCCCUACAGCUGCAGUGACUGCAGCAAGAGCUUCAGCAGCACCACUGACCUCAGAAUCCACCAUCGCAUUCACACCGGGGAGAAGCCAUUCCACUGCGGUGACUGCGGCAAGAGCUUUCUCUACAGAUAUGCUCUCAGUCAUCACCGUCUCAGCCACACCGGGGUGGUUCCGUACAGGUGUGGUGACUGCGGCAAGAGCUUCAUCAACAGCACCGCUCUCAAAGUUCACCACCGCCUUCACACCGGGGAGAAGCCAUUCCACUGCGAGGACUGCGGCAAGAACUUCACCACCAAAUCCCAGCUGACCAAACACCACCGCAUCCACACCGGGGAGAAGCCGUACAGCUGCGCCGACUGCGGCGAGAGCUUCCGGCAGAAGUCUGGUCUUAGCCAGCACUGCAACAUCCAUGCUGGGAAGAAACCCUUCCCCUGCCGUGAAUGUGGCAAGAGCUUUGCCGGCAGCUCUGGUCUCAGCCAGCACCGCAAAAUCCAUGCUGAGAAGAAACCAUUCCCCUGCCGUGAGUGUGGCAAGAGCUUCACCACCAGCACAGCUCUAAUCCAGCACUGGAACGUCCACACCGGGGAGAAACCUUAUAGCUGCCGUGUCUGUGGCAAGAGCUUUGCCAGCUCCUCGUCUCUCUGCUAUCACCGCCUCACCCACACCGGCGAGAAGCCCUUCAGGUGCGGUGAGUGCGGCAAGACCUUCACCAUGAGUUGUCUGCUGAAGCGUCACCGCCGCCGGCACUCCGGGGAGAAGCCUUACAGCUGUGAUGACUGUGGCAUGAGCUUUGCCAGCUGCUUGUCUCUCUGCUCUCACCGCCUCACCCACACCGGCGAGAAGCCCUUCGGGUGCGGUGACUGUGGCAAGACCUUCACCAGGAGUUCACAGCUGAAGAGUCACCGCCACUUGCACACCGGGGAGAAGCCUUACACCUGCGGUGACUGUGGCAAGAGCUUCAACAGAAAAUCCCAUCUGACCAGACACCAGCUCAUCCACACUGGGGAGAAGCCUUUCAGCUGCAGUGACUGUGGUAAGACCUUCAGAGACAGCUCUACUCUGAGGAGUCACCGCAGCCUCCACACCGGGGAGAAGCCAUACAGCUGCGGUGACUGCGGCAAGAGCUUCAGCGGCACCAACGAUCUCAUAAUUCACCACCGCGUUCACACCGGGGAGAAGCCAUUUCACUGUGGGGACUGCGGCAAGAGCUUCAACAGCAAAUCCCAGCUGACCAAUCACCACCGCAUCCACACCGGGGAGAAGCCGUACAGCUGCGCCGACUGCGGCAAGAGCUUUGCCACCAAAUCCCAGCUGAACAGUCACCACCGCGUCCACACCGGGGAGAAGCCCUACAGCUGCAGUGACUGCGGCAAGAGCUUCCGGCAUAAGUGCGCCCUGACCUUGCACCUGCACAGCCGCAUCCAUCAAAAGAUGAGCAGCAACAAAGCGCCCAAGAGUCCCCACUCCCAGUGACACCAGGAGGUACCCAGCGGCCAUGGGCCCCUCCUGCCCUCCUGACAAUGCUGGUGCCAGGAUUCUCUGCUGGUAGAGCUGCUUAAAGCAUGACCAUUCCGAGGGCAUUUGCUGGCUGGGAUGUGUGGUGGCUCCACCAGUAGCACCAUUUCCUGAUGUGCCACCCCCAGGCAGAGACCUGAAAUAUGCCUUGUUUGGAGGGACAGGGAUGGGAAGGCAGAGCAGAGCAGUGCCAUGGCCAGGGCAGGACCUGUAAGCUGUGCUGGGUCCCAAUGUGGUCUCCAUAAGCUCUGCUAGGUGAUGUCACCAUCAUCACCGUCACCAAUCCUCACCAAGACCAGCACUGGCUUGGUACACACUCAGGGAAGAAGCAACUGUUGCAUGUGGCUGCAAGUCAGGGACUCCAUGGAAAAUGUGCCUGGAGCAGGGAACAGUCCCAAUAAAAGACUUCCCAAGGC